GCCAUUGGGGUGGCCAUGGUGUUGGUUCUGCUCAUCGCCAUCCCUUUGCUGGUCCAAAGCUCCAAGGCGUCUGCUCACUACGAGAUGCUGGGCAGCUGCAGGAUGGUCUGUGACCCUUACAGCCCAAAGCCUAGCUCCACAGCGGCAGAAGCCAUCCAGGAUUUGGCGGUGAUGUCCCCUCCACCUUUCAUCCACGGGGGUAAAGGCGACCAGGGUCGCCGAGGUAAACCGGGACCCAGGGGUCCUCCGGGAGAACCUGGACCCCCAGGGCCGAGAGGUCCACCCGGCGAAUGGGGGGAUCUGGGCAAACCGGGUCCUCCUGGGCCACCGGGUUCAGGACCAGGAACAUUCAGCACAGCCUUCCAUAGCCCUAAGAUCGCUUUCUACGCCGGCCUUAAGAAACCCCACGAGGGCUACGAGGUUCUUAAGUUUGACGAUGUUGUGACUAACGUUGGGAACCACUACGAGGCUUCUACGGGCAAAUUCACCUGCACCGUGCCCGGUAUCUACUUCUUCACUUACCAUGUCCUGAUGAGAGGAGGGGACGGCACCAGCAUGUGGGCUGACCUUUGCAAGAAUGGCCAG